GUUCACUGGUCCAGCCGGAGUCAGCCAGGCGAUCAACAUGAAGGCAGCGACUUUCCUGCUUUCCUUGUUGGGUGCCGUUGUCGUGUGCACACAGAUAGCUGAUUCCAUUAUUUGCUUCACAUGUGAAGGACAGACCUCCAACUGGAAUUGCCUGGGUGUGACAACCUGCCCCGAGCAUCAGCAAAGAUGCCUAACUAUCGGUACAACUUCAGGAACUGGUAACGAUACCAAGGUGCACAUCACCAAGAAGUGUGCCGAGAAAUGUCCAACUGAAAGGAAUUCUCCGUCUAACUCUCUUUUUUGCUGCGAAAGUAGCUUGUGCAACUUAUGGCCUCCAAAAUAGCACAGAGCUGGUCAAUGGAGAGUGGUCCAUCCGCGGUGACCUUGAAUUAAGCUGCUUCCCUCUUCGCUCAGCAACUGUGAACUAGAAAGAAAAUCUAUAGCAGGCUUCCCCAAACAGAUGCUCUCUGGAUGCGUUGGACCACAACUCCCAUCAUCCCCAACCAGCCAGGGUACCAGGUUGUGGAUAGGGCUUGUAAUCCCCUCUCUGCUAAGAAGCAACAGCUAGGCUGUGCCUUUCGCCACUUCUCCUCCACCCUGUCAAUGAGAAGGAAGGAAGGUGUGGUUUUUUCUCUUUAUAUCCCUCUUUAUAUAAGGCAUAAUAAAAAUAUUCUUCAAAUGUUA